AUCAUUAUCAAAUUUUGUAUCUUUGUAGCACACGAGAACUUUCUUGAUCUUUCCCGGCUCUUCAUAUAGCUUUAACUUGUUUGGUUACUUCAUUAAAGGGUAUAGUACUUUUUUCCAUUCAAAAUAAGAGUAACUGAAAAUAAAUUGAAAACUCGUAAACCAUCAAUUGGUUAGAAAAUCAUACAAGUUAUUGAAUUCGAUAAAAAUUUAAUUUUUAAGUUAAAAUAAGUUAAAAAAAUAUUUUAAAUUUCUAAAAUUAAUAUUCUUCUCCCGAUGGCCAUGGUACGGCCUCUUACUCCGCCACUGCUAGCUCUUCACAAAGACAUGUCAUCGGUCAAAGCAACGGCGGCGAAAAUGGAAAUUGGUGGAGGAAGGAGGAUGGAGAGGGUAAGAAAAGCAGAGUCGCUGGUGGAGAAGGCCAUGAAAGGUAACGAUGCUUCUCACGAUGCAGCGCAUGUUUGGAGGGUUCGUGAUCUUGCUCUCUCCCUUGCUGCUGAGGAAGGUCUUUCUUCUCAUCCUCACUCCUUGGAAAUUGUUGAGCUUGCUGCUCUGCUCCAUGAUAUAGGUGACUACAAAUACCUGAGGGAUCCAUCUGAGGAAAAAAUUGUUGAGAAUUUUCUCGAGGAAGAGGGAGUUGAAGAGGAUAAGAAGUCAAAAAUUUUGAAGAUCAUCAAAGGAAUGGGUUUCAAGGAGGAGGUGACAGGAAAUGGAAAUAGUGAGUGGUUUCCAGAAUUUGGAGUUGUGCAAGAUGCUGAUCGACUUGAUGCUAUUGGUGCUAUAGGAAUUGCACGUUGCUUCACCUUUGGUGGGAGUAGGAAAAGGAUGCUGCAUGAUCCUGCCAUUCCACCGCGAUCUGAUUUAUCCAAGGAGCAAUAUAUGAACAAAGAGGAACAAACUACCAUUAAUCAUUUUCAUGAGAAGCUUCUCAAGCUCAAAGAUAUGAUGAAAACCAAGGCUGGGCAGAGGAGGGCUGAGAGAAGGCAUAAGUUCAUGGAGGAAUUUGUGAAAGAGUUCUAUGAUGAAUGGAAUGGUUUAAGUUAAUUAGUACUUUUUCGUUAACCAUUUUUUCACUUUUAAGUGUGGCAUUAGAGCUUCUUAAGAAUGAAGCAUGCCUAAGCUGGUUCAAGAUGCUGGGAAGUGUUCCUAUCUUGCUCGGCACAGUCAGUAAACUAUUCAUGCUUCAAGCAUGAUUUUCUUCUCCUCGGUACUUCUUAUACUUGUUGGUUAUGUAUCCUAAACCGCAUAUAUUGUAUACUUGUUAUCUGUGCCAUUUCACCUCAUUCGUGGAGGCAUGUGAGAAUUUAAUGACUGUUAUUAUUAGAGGCAGAUAAGGUGGAUAGUAUACAAUUAUACCCACGAUCGCCCGCUUAAGCAUUAUAUGUUUUAAUGAUAAAUUACACUAUACAUAUUAGUGCCUAUUAUAUUAGUAGUAGUGACUGUCCAAGCUUCUUUU